GCGAGACUUCUUUUGAUUGAUGCAGGGAAAUUGACCUGGACCUCCCAGCCACCAGCAUCGUACAUGGGGAAGAACUUCGGCAACGACGGAUGUGGCUGACGUCAUUGCAUCAUGCGCCGUUGGCGGGAAAUGAAGCCGCGACGACUGGUAAUUUGCUGCCUCCCCACACGCAAGGAGCAUGAAAAGGUCUGCUCAUCAGGAUCUUGGGGCUUGGGGCUGGGACUUGAAAUGUCUGAUGACGCCUCCCCCUCUUUCGUAUUCGCCUUGAACCUUAUCUUGUUCGUCGUCAGGUUGAAUAAAAGGACUUAAGGUUCGGAUUGUAAAUCAUUAAUCAAGCAAGCGCAUAUCAUAUUCCAAGUCGUCAAAUAUGGCAGUCGAUUUUAUUUUGCCGUUGCGCGCCGCUCAAGGUGUCUUGGCCCUCCUCCUUCUAGGUUUGACAGCAUACGCUGCAUCCGACUGGGCUGAUGGAGUAUGGUCGCCAUCUGACUUGAACUUCAACGUCUUCGCCUCGGUCUGGACGCUCCUGGUGCUCGCCUAUCUGGUCGUCGCACCACUCCGGUUUCCUAAAUUCGCCCACAAGUUCGGCAUCCUCGCAGCCGACGCCAUCACCAUGAUUUUCUGGUUUGCGGGAUUCAUCGCAUUGGCCGUGAUGGUGAACAACUGGGGCUGUAAGCAUUACGGACCAUGCCGUGCGGCCAUCGCAGCGAGCGUGUUUGGGGCAAUUGAAUGGCUUCUGUUCGUUGCAAGUACAGUCAUGGCGGCCCUUCAUGUUAUGCGGACAAGGCACUCGCAUAGUGGAACCCACGAUCCGGGGAUGGAAGUGCACCCAAAUGUUGGCACUUGAAGGAAUUGAUAUCGGUAGCAGAGGAGCAAGUUUGUCUUGGAUAAUGCAAAUGGCGGAG